AUGGCACCCAAGAAUAAAGGUGUAAUCAAGAAAAAGGAUGUGAGGGAUGACAGGUUUCAGGCGGUUGUUUUGACGGAUUCUUUUGAAACCAGGUUUAUGCCUCUUACGGUGACAACUCCACGAUGUUUACUCCCAUUAGUCAAUAUUCCCUUGAUUGAAUAUACUUUGGAGUUUUUGGUCAAUGCUGACAUUAAUGAGGUGUUUCUUGUUUGCACAUCACAUUCUGAGAAGAUACAAGAGUACAUUGAAAAAUCGAAAUGGAGCAAUCCCAAUUCGCUGACUCAGAUAACUUUGAUUACGUCAUUAGAGUCCAGAUCAAUUGGUGAUGUUAUGAGAGAUAUAGAUAAUAGAGGGUUGAUAACAAACGAUUUUCUUUUGGUUUCCGGGGACUUGGUGAGUAACAUAGAUUUUAAAAAGGUUUUAGAUUUCCACAAGAGUAAGACGCAGCAAGACAAGAAUCAUAUGGUAACAAUGAUUUUGAAUAAAGCUUCUCCUUUGCAUCGAAUGAGGUCACGUAUUGAGCCAGCAACAUUUGUGCUCGAUAAGAAAACUAGCAAAUGUGUUUAUUACCAAAGCAUUCCGCCGGUUGAUGGUAAAAAAUCUAGUGUCAAUAUAGGCCCCGAAUUAUUAGAAGAAGACGACGAUUUUGUAUUAAGGAACGACUUGGUUGAUUGUCAUCUUGAUAUUUGCACGCCUCAUGUGCCGCAAAUCUUCCAGGAAAAUUUCGAUUACCAAUAUUUAAGAAGUGACUUCUUGAAAGGUGUUUUGACAUCGGAUUUAUUGAGAAAGACCGUUUAUGCGUACAUCAGUGAAGAAGGAUCAGAUUACUCAGCAAGAGUAGAAAGUUGGGGAACUUACAAUGCUGUGUCCCAGGAUAUUUUGGGUCGAUGGUGCUAUCCAUUACUGCCAGACUGCAAUUUAGCACAGGGCACGUCGUACUCUUAUGAGUUUAACAACAUUUAUAAGGAAGAGAAGGUCUUGUUGGCACAUUCGUGUAAGAUUGGAUCUUCUACUGCGAUAGGCAGAAAUUCGAGGAUCGGUGAAGGCAGCAGUGUUGGGAAAUCGGUUAUUGGACGAAACUGUGUUAUUGGCAAGAAUGUAUUGAUAAACAAUUCAUAUAUAUGGGAUGAUGUUGUAGUGGAGGAUAAAUGUGUUUUGAAUAAUUGUAUUGUUGCAUCGCAUGCAGUGUUGAAGGAAGGUGUUCGGCUACUCCCCAACUGUGUCAUUGGAUCAAAUGUUGUUAUUGGGAAAAAUAUCACCAUUCCAAGUGGAAGUAGACUUAUUGAGAAAAAGGAAAAGGAAAAGGAAAGGAAGGAUGAUGACAAUGGUGAUGGUAACACUAGUAGUGAUUUUGACCUAGUUGGAGAAGAUGGUGAAGGUGUACUUUAUCAAACAGAUAAUGAUGAGAGUGACGAGGAAGAGUCAUCGAUAAGGGAACCUUCUAUGUUGUACCAAAUGCAUACGAUGAAUAUAUCUGAUGAUUCGAUAGCGUCUAUAUCCAACAAGAGAGCCAAAAGGCGCUCACACACACGGUCACGGCGAUUUUCUUCAAACUCAUUCAUGUCUGAAGGACAAGACGAAUUUGAAGAGGAGCUUUUUGAUGUUGAAGGUUUAGCAACAGUUUCUAGAGCAAUUGAGAAUAACCAUGAUAUAGACACAGCACUAUUAGAGUUGAACACUUUGAGGAUGUCCAUGAACGUUACAUACCACGAGGUGAGAAGCGUUACUGGUGAAGCCAUAUUAAAGAAAAUAUUGGAGUUUAUUACUACUGAUACUUUAAAGCCUCAAGAAGCCGCGGUGAAGUUAUUUAGUCAUUGGGGGAAAAUGUUUAAGAGACAAGUAUUCAGCUCCCAAGAAGAGGUAGAUUUAUUAAACACAUUGGAGGGACAAAUUGCCAAUUUGAAUAAGGCGUAUAAUCAAGUGAUUUUAUUUGUUGCAUUGAAAACAUUGUAUGAUAUUGACAUUGUUGAAGAAGAUAAUAUUUUAAAGUGGUGGCACCAAGACAAAAAGGAUAAAGAGGUUAGAGGAUUAUCAAGUAAAUUUAUAAAUUGGUUAGAGGAAGCUGAAGAAGACGAGGAAAGUGGAGAUGAGGAUGGGGAUGGGGAUGAGAACGAGGACGACGAGGACAACGAUGAUGAUGAUGAUGAUGAUGAUAAUGACGACGACGAUGAUGAUGAAGAUCACGCCAACGACAAAGAAUAG